AUGACCCUGGCUCUUCUCGUUCGCGCACGUCGCCAACAUCAAGGCUGGUUCGAUGACAACGACACCGCCAUCAGCAAUCUACUCGUCGAGAAGAACUGUCUGCACAAAACCUACUUUACUCGUCCCACCGACGACGACAACAAUUCAGCCUUCUACCGUAGUCGUCGCCUUGCGCAACAGCGGCUGCGCGAGAUGCAGGAUGCUUGGAUGGCUCGCAAGGCCGAGGAGAUGCAAAGGUACGCGGAUCUCAAUGAAUGGAAGAACUUCUUCUCUGCGAUCAAAGCCGUCUACGGUCCGCCAACUGAGGCAACUGAACCUCUUCAUAACGACGACGAUAGUAUCCUAUUCACUGAGAAGACACCGAUUCUACGGCCAUGGACGGCCGUCCGCGCGUCUUUCGAAUUCGGUUUGAAAUUUUCUACCUUCGAUUUAUUUCCUUUUUUGAGAUUUAUGUCUAUUGGACGCUCUGAGGGCCCAUGUGUAUUAGGAAAUGGAAUCGUAAUCAGCAGUUCCUGGAUCUACACGGAGCUUCGGCAGCACUUUUUCCGGACAACCAUUCUGCUUCGGAUCACUUCUCUGCCAACAGCGCCGCGGGACUUCCCAAAUCCAAGAACAGCUGAGUCGUUUGCUAUUUGCUUUAUAUCGUUGGUCUCAUUAAAUAGCCCCUUCUACAUCUACGUCUAG